AUGGAUAGCGCUGCUGGAACUAACGAGAAGGUUGGCUUCAACUCAUGGUGCCCAUUUCUCAUCUCUGAUUCAAUACAAAAGCUCAAGGAAUUUGCCCAGAAGAUUAGGAAGAUUGGAAAAGAUGACCCAAGAAGAGUUUUUCAUUCCCUCAAAGUGGGAUUAGCUCUCACUCUCAUCUCAAUUUUCUACUAUGUCAAUCCUCUCUUUCAUGGGCUUGGCACUUCUACUAUGUGGGCGGUGCUCACCGUUGUUGUCGUUAUGGAAUACACCGUCGGUGGAACGUUGAGCAAAGGCCUCAACCGGGCAUUUGCAACAUUGCUCGCCGGAGCACUUGGCUUGGGCGCACAUCACUUGGCCGCGCUUGCCGGUGACAAAGGAGAACCCAUACUACUCGGCGUGUUUGUAUUCAUGCUAGCGGCUAUGGCUACAUUCUCCCGGUUUGUGCCACAGAUAAAGGCGAGAUAUGACUACGGGGUGACGAUAUUUAUACUAACAUUUAGUCUUGUGGCUGUAUCGAGCUACAGAGUGGAAGAACUUAUCAAACUUGCGCACCAGAGAUUGUCGACUGUAGCCAUUGGAGUAGCGACUUGCCUCUGUACCUCCAUGUUUGUCUUCCCAGUUUGGGCUGGUGAAGAUCUCCAUAUGCUGGUGGCAGCCAAUCUUGACAAGCUCGCAUGCUUCUUGGAAGGUAUGGGAGUGGAAUACUUCGGCGAGAAGAUGGAAAGUGGAAGUCUGGAGGGCAAGUCCUUCCUUCAAAGCUACAAAACCGUGCUUAAUUCUAAGGCCACUGAGGAUUCCCUGGCAAACUUUGCAAGAUGGGAACCCGGUCAUGGUCGUUUUGGCUUCCGUCAUCCAUGGAAUCAGUACCUCAAAAUCGGAGCCGUCACUCGCACUUGUGCUUGCUCCAUUGAGGCUCUCAACGCAUACAUUUCCACUCUUCAGCAGUCCCACCAGACAACCACGGACCUGGAAUUCAAGCAAAAGGUUCAAGCUGCCUGUGCAGAAAUGAGCAAGGAAACUGGCAAGGCUUUGGUUGAGUUAGCCACUUCAAUUCGGGAGAUGAAGUGGUCUUCAACCGCCGGAAAACACCUGGCUAUGGCGACGGAGGCUGCUUGCAGAGUGAAGGCGUUGGUUCCUGCGGAAAAUUCUACUUUGCUGGAGGUGCUCGUAUCAGCCACAACCGCCUCCCUGUUAACAGAAGUGGUGAGAUGUACUAAUCCCAUCAUCGCCGCGGUGGAGGAGCUUAGUCGGUUGGCGGAGUUCAAAUGGCCAGAGCAUGGUCGCAAAGCCGGCGCUGUGAAGCCAAUCGCCGGCGCUGAGAGUCCGCCGCAUGUUGUGAUUGUUAUAGAGAAAUGAUUAGUGAUACGGUGCUCUGUUUUGGAUUAAAAGAAAACGUUGACAGAAAUUUAUAAGAGGGAGAUGAUUGCAUGCAGAUUCGGUAAGAAGGAAAGUAUGCAUGAUGACCUCUGUAUAUGUGGUUUAUUUAUUCUAUUAAAAUAAAGUCCGGGCUUUCAUGUACAUUAGAAAGGAGAAAUAUUUAGUUCAUUGAUUAACAAUUC